ACAACAGGUGAAAAAAUGAGUUUAUUGAAAAAUUUUCUGAUCAAUCUAACAAAUUUUAAAGAUAAGAGACCGUCUCAAAUGUUUAGUAAUAGGAAACAAUUAGCAUUGACCAGCUUCUAUGGAGAUAAGGAGAUUGAUCAAUGUUCAACAUCUGCCGGUGGUGAUGAUCAAUAUUUAAAUAAGGACCAACAACAGAAAAAAAAGGAUAGAUCAAGAGAAAAUAUCCGUCUUAAUUGUCAUGAUUUGAAAAAUUCAUGGCUUGUUGAUACAGGCACGAUUGAUGAAGAGGAUGAUGAUGAUGAUAUGAGUGGACAACAAUCAAUCGAAGGACAAACACCGACAUGGAAUAACACCGAUAAGAUGGUCAACAGAAAUCAUAACCUUUUUCUUAAAUCAUGGGGCAAUUUUGUCAACCUUUAUGAUGAUCAAGGAAGGGAGAAAUUAUUCAUUCAUCGAGAUGAGCUACGAAACUAUAUAAUUUUGAACAAUUUCGAUAAUUGCCAUUCACCAUAUUCAUUAAUGGCAAGUCUAUUUCCGCGUGGAAAUUACCCGAAACCAUUGUAUUCUGGCACAGGAUCUAGUUGGCGUAUGCGAUAUAAUAUAUUCGCUAUGGGGGUAUUGAAUCCUGAUAAAUUGAUGAUCAAUGAUGAAGAUGUGAUUCAUCUUGGAGAACUUCAUCUCUAUUUCCAUAUUGAGCCAUGUCGUAAGGAGCCAAUCUAUCAGAAUUUAUGUUUUUUCUUCGAUCAAUCAUUGAUUCGUUUGUUACAUUCAAAUGAGCAACGAUGUACAUCAUCAUUACGGGAAUGUAUUGACCAUUUACGUCAAGAGCUAGCUGGCGCACUGUUUGUAGAGCAAAUUUUUUUCCCGAUUACUCGUGAUCGAUUUCAGUCGAUUUUGGGCAAAACUGUUGAUUAUUUUCAAUUAAGGCAACGUGAUCUUUAUGCUGCCAUUGAUUUGAUGAUAAGCCAACAACAGGAUAUUGAUUCAUUCAUUUUUCAACCAAAUUGUCAUCGAUAAAACAAAUCCUAUAUACAUUUUGAUUGAAAUAAAUUUUUUACUACAUCCCCCAGAUUGGAGUGAAAAUAUUUUAACCACAUUUUUCUU